AAUUUUCAUAAUGUUACACUGAAUAUUGAUUGCAUGAUCAUAUGAUCUCAAAGAUAUAAGCCAUAUAAUUUUUUUUUUCCUUCAAGCAUUUUAAACAUGGCUGAAAAUCAUUUGAUUCAAAUAAGCGACCUUUCAUUAUAUAAUAUUGAAAAAGUUAUUAAAGAGGAACAUUUAAAUUAUUAUGAUUAUAAAAAAUUUAGUCAUAUUGAACAAAUUGGUAUAGGAGGAUUUGGAAAAGUUUAUCGUGCAGAUUGGAAAAAUGGUUUAGAACAACGUUUAGCAUUGAAAUCUUUUUAUAAUCUUAACAAUGAUAUUUUAAAAGAAAUUAUUCAUGAAGUAAAUAUAAAUUAUAAAUUACUAAUUAAUAUUUACCUUUUAUGUUUCUUAUUCACAUUUUAUAUUUUCUAUUUAAGAUUAAACUUGAACGAGAUCAUAAAAAUGUUAUUCGUUGCUAUGGGAUUACAAAAUUUCCAUCAGAGAAUCCGGGGCCAUCAGAAAAUAUUUUGCUUGUAAUGGAAUAUGCCAAUGGCGGUACACUUCAGGAUUAUUUGAAGAAAGAAUUCAAUAAGCUUACUUGGAAUAGUAAAUACGAUUUAGCAUAUCAGUUGGCUUGCGGCGUAUCAUUUUUACAUGAAGAAGAAAUUGUACAUUGUGGUUUGGUAAUUUGU